UGUGUGUGUGAUAUUUGCUUGUGGUAAUUGACACUAUCAGUGGAUCCAACAUACAUCAUGACGUCCAGAAUGCGCCGGCGUUUAUACCAGUUGGACACUAUGCCGUCCACCGGUGGCCAGGGCUAUCUCGAUCAUGGUGAAAGUGCGGCCAUCGAGAACAAAUGGGUGUUCGAAGUGGCCUGGGAAGUGGUCAACAAGGUCGGAGGCAUAUAUACGGUAAUCCGGACCAAAGCCCAGGUGACCAGCGAGGAGUUGGGCGAUCAGUACGUACUCGUCGGCCCUUAUAAUGAACAAUACGCCCGGACGGAGGUGGAGAUCGAGGAGCCCACCCAUCAUGCUUUCAAGGGUGCCAUCGAUACGCUCAAGAGCUUUGGCAUACGGGUAAUUUACGGCCACUGGCUCAUCGAGGGCUACCCCACUGUCCUAUUGUUUGACAUCGGGUCCGCCGCCUGGAAACUGGACGAAUGGAAACACGACUUCUGGAACGUAACCAAUAUUGGUAAAAAAAUUGUACCACAAAAAACCAACUUGAUAGUCACACUAACACCCCCUCCCCGAAUAGGUGUACCCCAUUUGGACAAGGAGUGCAACGAUUGUCUAAUAUUUGGUUACGCUUUCACCUGGUUUUUGGAGGAGUUCUACCGCCGUAUUGAGGAGGAGAGGGGCCGACCCCUGAUUGUGGCCCAGUUUCACGAGUGGAUGGCCGGCAUAGGGCUGAUACUGUGCCGCACCCGACACCUGGACGUGGCCACUGUGUUCACCACUCACGCCACGCUAUUAGGCCGGCAUCUGUGCGCCGGUGCCGUCGAUUUUUAUAAUAAUUUAGAUAAGUUUGAACUAGACCGGGAGGCGGGCAACCGGCAAAUCUACCACCGAUACUGCAUGGAGAGGGCGGCGGCCAACUCGGCCCACGUGUUCACCACCGUAUCGGACAUCACUGGGCUGGAGGCCGAGCAUCUGCUCAAACGCAAGCCCGACAUAAUCACACCCAACGGGCUGAACGUGAAAAAGUUUGCCGCCCUCCACGAGUUUCAAAACCUACACGCCAACUCCAAGGAGAAAAUUCACCAAUUCAUACGUGGUCAUUUUUAUGGUCACUACGAUUUUGAUCUAGAGAAAACGCUGUACUUUUUCAUUGCCGGCCGCUACGAGUUUAGCAAUAAGGGCGCCGACGUGUUCAUCGAGUCGUUGGCCCGACUCAACCACUAUUUAAAGUCUACGGGCAGUGAUGUGACGGUAGUGGCGUUCCUGAUAUUUCCGGGCAAAACAAACAAUUUCAAUGUGGACUCACUGAGAGGUCAGGCCAUCGCCAAACAGCUCCGGGACACCAUCGAUGACGUCCAGAACAAUAUCGGCAAACGGCUGUUCGAGCAGUGCUUAGGCGGUAAAUUACCGGACAGCGAAUCACUACUACAGCCGGACGACAUAGUUAAACUGAAACGAUGCAUAUACUCUGCCCAGCGUACGUCACUGCCGCCCAUCAUCACACACAACAUGACCGAUGACGCUAGCGAUCAGAUACUGACGGGCAUACGUCGGUGUCGACUGUUCAACAACCGGGAAGAUAGGGUCAAAGUUAUAUUUCACCCGGAGUUUCUCUCCAGCACCAGCCCUCUCUUCCCCAUUGACUACGAGGACUUUGUGCGCGGCUGUCAUUUAGGCAUAUUUCCCUCAUAUUACGAGCCCUGGGGCUACACGCCCGCCGAGUGUACCGUAUUGGGCAUA